UAGCCUGACUUCUGACUGCAUUUGCAUGGAAUACCCUAACAUAGGACAUGCUCAAUUAUUAUCGCGGCUGAUUUCAUAAGCUUUGUAUUGAAUUCGUUACGCUUAUCUCUUUUUUAGGAAGAUUAAUCGAGUUUUAGCGAGGGAGCUUGGUGUUUAUCCCAUUAUUUAGUUCUUUAUUACAUCAUAGAAAAAUUCCUCAAGUUAUUUAGUAUCUAUCUUUUCAAGUAAUAUAAUCCAUUAGUUCCGUCAUAAUUCUCUGUGACAAUACUGCAAAACGCGGAUAUGCGAAUACGUAGUAUUUGUCAUUGGAUAUGCAACAGAAGUAUGAUUCUACUAUAAAAUGGACCUUGAUCAUAUCAACAGAAUAUUCUUCUCUUAUAAAGCGUUAGUAUUAUUUAUAACUAAGUUAUUAGAGCAUGACAUAAUCAAAUUUCAAAAAAAUAAAAUACUAAAUGGAUUUGUCGAAACAUAAUCAAAAUGAAUUACCAGAAAGGGAGAGAAAGGUGGAAACAGAAGAAAACAACAAUAGUUUUAAUGAACUUUCAAUGGAUAAAGAUGUAAUGUAUGGAUGUCAGAUUAUAUGUUGUUCGAAAACAACAAAAAGAUAUCCAAUUUCGUCUAUGCAAUGCAUCAACAACGCGAAAGGUGCUUUGAUAUUUUUAUGCAUUCCGCUGUUUUUGGCGAACCUUAUCAAUGCUGGACUAUUCAACGCCGUAAUCAGCACCAUAGAAAAAAGGUUUCAAUUGCAAAGUACCGAAAGUGGACUAAUCGCCAGCAGCUUUGAUGUAUUUACAUGCAUUGCGUUGCUCGUAACUGCGUUUUCAGGAGACAAAGCCUUCAAGCCUAUGUGGCUUGGAUGGGGUACUUUUGUUAUAGGUAUUGGAAGUGUGUUAUAUGCACUCCCUCAUUUCACAGCAUCACCGUAUUCUAUUGUUGAUAACAACACUGGUCUUUGUGGAGUUAACGUGACAAAUCCCAGGUGUGAAGGAACAAGUAUAAGGAAUUAUAUGUAUUUGUUUAUUUUUGCCAAUGGAUUGAUCGGUCUCGGUUCAACACCACUGUUUACUGUUGCAAUAACCUAUCUAGAUGAAAAUGUUAAACAAAAAAAUUCUGGAUUAUAUGGAGGUAUAUAUUACUCAAUGGGAGCUUUCGGUCCUGCUGUCGGGUAUUUGCUGGGAAGUGCAUUAGUCAACGUGUACACCAAUAUAGGAGAAAAUGUCGACAUAACCAGUUCUAGUUCUUUGUGGAUCGGAGCAUGGUGGAUUGGAUUUCUUGUUGUUGGAAUAAUUUGUAUUGUAAUCUCAAUUCUUAUUAUUAUGUUUCCACGAAAUUUACCGGGAACAUCGCGUUUCCGGGAAAAUAGAAACAAGGAAGUUCAUCGCAAUAAAUCAUCAAUUAAUGCAGCCAAUAACGAAACUUUUGGUAAAAGCUGGAAGGAUGCACCUAAAGUAUUGUGGCUGUUAAUGACAAAUAUUCCGUAUGUUUCUCUCACACUAAGUAGUUGUAUAAACUAUGCAUUUGUUUACGGGUUUAACACGUUUGGUGCGAAAUAUAUUGCAGCUGUAUUCGGCAUCAGCAUAUCAAAUGCGGCACUGAUAUUUGGAACUGCAGCAAUUGUGGCUGCAGCAGGAGGACAACUAUUCGGAGGAUAUGUGAUUACAAAAUUCAAGAUGACCGUUGGAGAAAUAUUAAAAUUUAUGAUACUUUGCACAGCCAUAUGUUUAGUUGCAGUUUUUGGAUUUCUGUUGCGUUGUCAAGGACAAGAAUUUUCUGGGCCUACACUCGAAGAUAUAAAAAAUUCCGCGGAUACAUCUGGUUGCUCAAAUAAUUGUCACUGUAGCACAGAUUAUUUCAAGCCAGUGUGCGGUGAUGACGGAAUAAGUUAUUUUUCGUCAUGUUUUGCUGGAUGCAGAUUGCAAGUCAAUGAAUCGCACUACCAUGACUGUUCCUGCGUGUCAUCUAAAGUCAGCGGUAACGAAACAGUUGGGUCUGGCCUUGGGAUACUUUAUUUUGGAGCAACAGCAGAUGAAUGCUCUGAAAACAACUGUGCAUUGUUAUAUCCAUUCAUUGGAAUCGUUCUCAUUGCGUUUCUUACUACUUUAACUAAAACAACUCCAAAUCUUCAAGCUACAAUCAGAUGCAUUCCAUUUAACCUUAGAACCACAGCAAUCAGUUUACAGAGACUCGUUUUCACUUUACUUGGCACUAUACCUGGUCGAAUUCUUACAGGGAAGGUUUUGGAUUUGGCUUGUAUUUCAUGGGGUACAGAGUGCGGUGAUGUAGGCGCUUGCAGAGCUUAUGAUACUAACAAAGCAUCUUUAUAUAUGACCUUACUUCUAGCAGUUCAAAUGUUUAUUUGCUUGAUCCUUCAAAUUAUUACGUUUGCAAUUUACAAACCAUCAUAUGCAAACGAGGAUGGAGAAAAAUCGGACGAGCCAGGCGCAAAGAAUACACAAACAAAUGAUGUUGAAGUGAGUGAAAUUACUGAAGCAAGGGCAGACAACAACAAUGACGAUUCCAUCAAACACAAUGCGAACAAAACCAACGGAACGUAUUCGACAACUGAGUCCGUUGGCUUCGAUCUCGGUAUCGCUAAUUCAGCAUAUACAAGUGAAUGAGUAAACCAGUUAUCAAUGCAAACACACCACGUCAAAUCCAUUACUUUGAUUGCACUUCAGAGAUGGAUACAGUCAACAGAAUAUUUUUCCGAGUCAGAUGCAAUGCGUGAAUAUGCCAAUUAUUCUUAUUACCUGGGAAUGAAGUGGGCAGCAACAGUUCCUAGCGGUAUUUUGAAAUAAGUUGAAUAAAAAGGUCACCAACUCGAGUGAUAAACACAUUGACUUUUUCCAAAUUAUGUUGCAUUGCUGUAAUCCCAGAACUGCAAGAUGUAUUUUUUACCACUACAUUACACAUUUAGCGUUACAUCGAUUCAUCUUCAGUAGUACGUUUUGUUAUCCAACAAAUCAUUUAUUCUAUCUUUUUUCGUAAUUGUUGAACUAUUCAUAGUACCGUCUAUACACCUUUAUUUAGUUUGUCAUGUUUACCGCACUUCAAAAUUGAAAAGAUUGUUUUUUUUUUACAUCGAAUAAAUGAUUCUACAUCAAAGUAUGCGUUUGUAGGUACGAAAUGGACAUUUACACUGUUCCGUCAAACUGAUUGUUUAUCCCGAGUAAUGUGGUCUGGUACCAGAGCUAUUAUAUAUAAAGAAUUUUGAUUGAAUGAUACAAAUUCUAUAAUUCCAAAAAAAAAUUAUAUCCAUCAGUUGCCGUAGUUAUGAUGACUGCUUUUGAAUUUUGGUGCCAUAUAUUUUCAAGUCGAAAUGACUGGAAAUAAAAUGAUAAUAAAUCGAGUGUCUUAGCACAAAGAUACUUACUCUCCCUAUUGAGUAUUGGGUAAACACGAGGGUAAUCAUCUCAUUUGGAAAAAUACGCCAGCGCAAAUAUACGUGAGAACAUCUUCAAAACCAAUACAUAACCUAGAAUUUCAAUGUUAACAUGUAGGAUAUUUAUAAGAGCUGAGAUUGACAAAUUUAUAUCUGCCUAACUAUUCGUUUUUUGUUUUGUUGUUAUUAGUAUAUUUUUUUUCUUUCUGUAAAAAAAUAGCUUUUCUCUUUAACUAUUGGACCGUUUACAUUGACAUUUUCAGUCGUUAAAGAUUGUUUUUGUCGCCAGAAGGCUA